GGCGUUUGUGUCCUCUGAAAAACUACAUUUCCCAUCUUUCAGUCGGACGUGGACCGGAACCCGGAAGCGCAAACUACAGGAAAUACCUCAGGCAGUGACGUGUUCGACAUGGCAACUGGAGCAGAUCAAGCUGUCGGUUUGGGCCUCGUUGGCUUCAGUCUAUUACUGUUCACAUACUACACCAUAUGGGUUAUAGUGCUGCCAUUUGUCGACAGCGAUCACGUGAUCCACAGUUACUUUCUUCCUCGAGAGUACUCUGUCAUACUUCCUGGCAUAGCAGCAUUGAUACUAUUACUCUGUGUUGGUACCUUCAUAGGAAUAGUCACCUGGAAGAAUCGUAAACCAAAGAAAGUCGACUAGGAAUCUCCAGUCACUGUCAUUCAGCUGCCCGAAACAAGGACAUGACGAAAUCUCAACCUGCGUAUCAGCUCCUGUACUUAAGUCUCAUGUAUAACUGUUCUCUGAAGCUUCCUGGCUUUUCAUGUAGCAGACAGUUUAGCCCUGAGGAAAUGACCAAUGAGUGUAAAGGAGCCAAUUAGAGACCACAAGGGGUAAAAAUAUUUACUCAUUUCUGUAUAUGUGGAAAUCUGUGGAAAUUUCAUUCCACUGACAUGAAAAUACGCAUUACUGUCCUAUCUGCUGUUACAUUAUACACAGUUGCUAUGUUCAGUAACCACUAAAACAUUGCUCUUAUGCAUUUCUGCCAUCCUAUUAGACUGUAAAUAAACAUAAAUGUGUGCUAGUAAAUGAUAAAUAGGGAUAACAUGCUCAAUGCUGAUUGAUGAGAUGUUAAUGAGAGAAGGUACACAAAUUUCAGGGGUGUUUUGUAGACGCUGCAAUAAAUAAUUAUUACAUAAA